AGGCAAAAAGUCUUAGUCGUUGGGUAAGUUUCUCCGUUAGCACAUGUGUUGGUUCGUGGCUCCUGACGGUUGCGUAUAUAUGUUACGUCUGUAACAAGUCUACUUGUUGCGGUCUGAUGAUUGUGAUCGGGCUCCGAACCAGUUACUACUGGAUAAAAUACUUGCUGAGCUCUCGCUGCUCAUCAGGUUGAACGCUCAUCUUGCCAAAAGGAAAAUGAAGUUGCUGUUGCGUGCCAUCAUUGUGGCGAUAACCGUUUUUGUGGGAUUCACCUCGGGGGAGAAUGUGACACAACAGAGAUGUUGUCCUGGUAACCAGGUGUUGGACAUUGAACUGCGCAAAUGUGUCAAUAAUUUAACCGUGCACAAGACCUACCAGGAAGACUCGGGAGUAAACGAUCCGCUGUUCCCAUGUUCGGAUGGAUGGGAGACUUUCAAGGCGGAUGACCUCUCUGAUGCUGGUGUUAUCAUAGAACCUCGGUUUAAUCAAACUCUUCAACAAGCUCAGUAUUGUGUUCAUUCCAUUGUGCUUCAGGACGGACGUACAGAGGCGGUAGUGGCGUAUUGCAGAGCUCCAUUAUUGCAAGUCAAAAAAUGUUGCCCGCUUGGUCAGUCGGUCAAUCGCGAUUCGGUCGGAGAGUGCGUCCCGAACGAUCAUGUUUUCAAUGCUUCUAAAAUCGUCACUCCAGUUGGUUUGCCAUUUAAAAUCGUGGCUAAUUCUUCAUUGAAUUGCAAACAUGAUUAUAAUAUUUACGUGCCAAAACUGUUCGUUGAUAACAGAUUUCAGAUCAACGCAUCGGGCCACUUUGCCGUGAGAAAGGCCUUGUACAAAGUUUUGCGUCAUUCUAGCAAUUAUUGCGUUGACACAGCCGUCGAUGCCACGGGAAGCCAAGAGGAUAUUGCCAUGAUUUGCCUGCCGUGGAGAAUGUACCUGUUGCGAUACCUGCUCUGGGGCGUCUAUUCGUACCUGCAUUACAUUUCGGCUUUCUUCCUUGUUUUGACGCUACUCGUUUACCUCAUCUUCCCUGCACUGCGUGACAACAUCCAGGGCUACUCGAUGAUUUGCUUCUUGAUUUGCAUGAUUGUUGUCCAGUUGGAGUACGGAAUUCUAUUGUCGCUACCCCUCGAGCCACACACUUGGUGUUUUUUCCGAACGCAAGCCAGCAAUUAUUUUCGGUAUGCAUCCUCUACCUGGAUUACUGUGAUGGGAUUCAACAUUUGGCACCAAUUAAGCCGAGGUCCCAGAUCACUAAAGAAAAGGGACCUGUUGAUUCGUUUUGCGUUAUGCUCACUCUACGCUUGGGGAUUACCACUGGUCUUACAACUGGUUGUGAUUAUCUAUCGCAAUAGUUUGGGACCACCUGUUCGCCUUUGUUGGUUCGGAGAUCCAAUCAUCAAACAUUUGCUAAGUACACCCAAUGUGGUGUUGGUGACGGCCAAUUUGAUAUUUUUCAUCCCAAGUGCGCUCAAGGUUUACGGAAGUCUCCGCUUUUUGAAAACUUCCGUUUCACAGGUGGCUUUGAACAAACUGGAAAAACAAAGGAUCACGACAAUAUUUCGUUUCUUCUUACUGAUGCAGUUCUACACGAUCCCCAGGAUCGUUCACGAAAUUGUGGAUGCAGACAGUGCCUCUCCGGAGUUUCUGAUGUUCAGUAUUUCCCUGUACAUGCUGAUUGGACCGGCAAUGUUCUAUUUUUUCGUUUGCAAAAAUGAGGUCUUUAAGAUGAUCACAGAAUUCCUGGCGAAAGUUAAGGAAUCUGCAUCACAGGCCAGCACUUCCAGUAAAUUAUCAUCGGGCACAGUCAAGUUCUGGCGUUCGCGUUCAUUCGAAACUUCUUUGACUCCAGUCCCUGUAACCAACACCAACUCUACGGCUACGGAUAUUGAAGCCAUCAAAUUCCAACAAAACGGAGAAGACAAUGCGGCCUACGUUAGCGAGGAACUUAGUGCGUAAGCUUUAAAAAAAAAAAUUAAUAAACCGAUGGCAUUCAAAACAUGUAUCCCAAACCUGAAAGCCUGGAAAUGUAAAACAUAGAAUACAUGGCGUAAGAAAAAUAA